AUGAAGAGCUCCAUCAUUGUUACCCUCAUCGGCACUCUUGCCGCUACCGUCAACGGUAUCCCCAUCGUUGACAACGCCAACAUGGCUGUCGUCAAGUCCGCUCAGGCCAGUGCGACCGGCACCAACGUUGUCUACGGCUUGGUUCAUCGCCGCCUCAACAACAUCCAGAGUCCUGGCAUCAAGAUGCCUGUCUCUGUCAUCGGCAUGAACUCCUCUCUCUCUGGCGCUCCGGCUCCCACUGAGAUCAAGGCCAAUGGCACCUUCACUGACCCCUUCGCCAUCCACAUGACUGAGGCGGUCCCUGCUACCUUCGACACCUAUGUCUCCGGAACCAAGGGUAACAUGUCUGACAUGCCCGCCCAGACCAGUCACAUCCAGGCUUCCUCCCCUGUCUCGACCAUGGACGCUCUCGACUAUGCCGACCAAGUCCAGUAUUGGUUCACCCACUGCAUCCUGCCUCCUGUCGAACGCCGCCCCAAGGAGUGCGCCACAAUGAAGCCCUCCCCCGUUACCGAGUCCCUGCCCAUUCUGGAGAUGACCACUCUCGGCACUGACGCCUCCACGACCUUCACCGGCCAGGAGACUGAGCUUUGGAUGGAGUUGACUACCAUCCAUAGUCUCAUGACCCCAACUCCUACUCCUACUGACAUGGGUGACAUCGUCGUCACCGUCACCUCGACCGUCAUUCAGACCGAGGACCCCGAGAUCAAGUACACCUUCGCCAAGGUCGACUCCGCGUCUGUCAUGAAUCUUCGCGGCUGA